UUUAUUCCAGUAUGGGAAUUUCAUCAUCUUUUUCCAGGUCAUGGUAGAUGUGGAUCAUCACGAUCUGACCUUAUUGCUAUAGUUGUUAAUCAAACAAAUUUGCAGUUUCUAUUUUUUUUGAUUGAAUUUGAGCAGAAUGGUUUCGAAGUUCAUAAAGAUGAAAUAGUUGCAGUGUUUGAAGCUGCUCAUGAGUUUAACCGUAUCUUGUCAUUGGGAGAUUAUCAAACCGAAGAUGAAACUAACAAUGUUAAGACCGAUGUUGAGAAUGUGCUUAAGUUAGUAACAUAUCUGCGAGAAGUUGUUUGUCAUGAUGGAGACUGGAUCAAAAAUAUGAUAAUAUUAGCUGCAGGUAUACAACCACCCUCCUUGCAAUAUGUAUCCAAGAAUCCACAGAACUUGUCAAGCUUCUCUAAAA